UGUAGCGUUUCGUACAUAUAUAAGCGAGCUCAUUGUACGACUUUCACAAUUUAACUGCGACAUUCCGUUUCAGACUGAGACUCCAGCAACGAUGCCUUUCCACCGAUUCUACAUCCCGAAGGGUCUCUACUCGGAUGCCGAGAAGGUGGCACUCGCGCAGGCCAUCACUGCGCUCUACGUCGGGCCCCCGGCAUCACUUCCCGCAUUUUACGUCGUCGUUUCUUUCAUCGAGCAUGAUCCGGGUAAUUUUUUCGUCUCCGGAGAAACCAAGCGCGCCGACAACAUGGUCCACAUCCAAGUGGAGCACCUCGCGCGCACUUUUCCCGCUGGUGAUGCCGGAUUUGCGCGCAAACGCGAUUUCAUGGCAAGAUACGAGGAAAGGCUGAAGCCAUAUACGUCGGGGCGCGGCGUCGACUGGGAGAUCGUAGUCGCAGAAUCCGAUCCUCAGCUGUGGAAUAUCAACGGUAUGGCUCCUCCCCCACCGCAAAGUGAGGGAGAGAUCCUGUGGAAAAAAGAGAAUAGGGCGAUUCCGUACGAGGCGGACAAGGCAGUUUAACGUCGCUAAGCGCUAGAGAUAGAUUACCCAUUAUUUUAUGACCAGAAUCUUGAAUGCAACUCCUC